AUGUCCCGGGCCGUGGUCUUCGGUCUUCUGGCCGCGCUGCUGCUGACCCACCGGCGCACGCGGCGACCUGGCGAGCCUCCGCCGGACCUGGGCAGUAUCCCCUGGUUGGGCUAUGCUUUGGAGUUUGGAAAAGAUGCCGCCAGCUUCCUCACUAGGAUGAAGGAGCAGCACGGUGAUAUCUUUACUGUGCGUGGGGGGAGGUAUGUCACUGUCCUCCUGGACCCACACUCCUAUGACAUGGUGGUGUGGGAGCCUCGCACCAGGCUGGACUUCCACGCCUGUGCCGUCUUCCUCAUGGAGAGGAUUUUCGACGUGCAGCUUCCACAUUACAGCCCCAGCGAUGAAAAGCCCAAGAUGAAACCGACUCUCCUCCACAAAGAACUCCAGGCGCGCACGGAAGCCGUGUAUACCAACCUCCACACGGUCCUGCUGGGUGACACCAGGGAAGCAGGCAGUGGCUGGCAUGAGACGGGACUCCUCGAACUCUCCUACAGCCGCCCACUCAGAGCCGGCUGCCUGACUCUGCACGGUGUCGAGGCAGCGCCCCACACCCGGGAGAGCCAGGCCCAGGACCGCAUCCACUCAGCCGACGGCUUCCACGCCUUCCGCCAGCUCGACCUGCUGUUCCCCAAACUGGCACAUGGCUCCCUGUCACUGGGGGAUAAGGACCAGGUGUGCAGGGUCAAAGGUCGCCUGGGGAAGCUGCUGUCCCCAGCCAGGCCGGCCACUCGGGCCCACCGGAGCAAAUGGCUGGAGAGUUACCUGCUGCACCUGGAGGAGACGGGUGUGUCAGAGGAGAUGCAGGCGCGGGCUCCGGUGCUGCAGCUCUGGGCCACGCAGGGGAACGUGGGUCCUGCUGCCUUCCGGCUCCCACUCUUCCUCCUCAAGAACCCCGAGGCCCUGGCUGCUGUCCGUGGAGAGCUGGAGCCUCUUCUCCUGCGAGCAGAGCAGCCCAUUUCGCAGAUGACCGCCCUCCCACAGAAGGUUUUGGACAGCGUGCCUGUGCUGGACAGCAUGCUGUGCUGGACAGACAGCCUCAGGCUCACCACUGCACCCUCCAUCACCUGCGAGGUCGUGGUGGACCUGGCCUUGCCCGUGGCAGAGGGGCGGGAAUUCACCCUGCGAUGUGGCGACCGCCUCCCCCUCUUCCCCUUCCUGAGUCCCCAGAAGGACCCGGAGAUCUACACAGACCCAGAGGUAUUUAAAUACGACCGAUUCCUGAACCCUGAUGGAUCAGAGAAGAAAGACUUUUGCAAGGAUGGGAGGCGACUGAAGAACUACAGCAUGCCGUGGGGAACAGGGCACAACCAGUGCCUGGGGAGGGGUUACGCCAUCAGCAGCACCAAACAACUCGUGCUCCUUGUGCUGGCGCACUGUGACCUGGAGCUGAUCAGCCCGGACGUGGAGAUGCCCGAGUCUGACCUCAGCAGGUACGGCUUCGGGCUGAUGCAGCCGGAACGUGACGUGCCUGUCCGUUACCGCAUCCGGCCUUGGGCUCCGGGGCAGAUAGGACUCCACGCACCCAGCCUGCCCCUAGUCGCCCAACGUUCUGUGCCUGCGUUCGGCCUGGGUACAGAGCUUUGA